GUCUCUCUCUCCCGCAGACCUCGUGUAGUUGUCACGCGAGUCGCACACUGGAGACUAAAACUAAAAGAAGACCAGAGGAGAACGAGACUUAUCUUCUUCUUCUUUUUUUUUUUUCACCGCCCAAAUACCUUCUUCCUAUUGUGUGUGCCUGUGUGUGUUUGUAUGUGUGCCUGUGUGUGCGACUUUAAAGAAAAGUGGUGUCGGGUGGGUGAGUUGCGUGGAUGUUAUUUCCUGGAUGUUCUCCCCGGGCUGUUCCUCGUCGCGGCCCCGAGGAGGCAACAUGUGUGUGGAAAAGUAGAUGUGCGCGUUAAACGUAUGUCUUCAACGAGGAUUACGCGCUGGAUGCUUGGUGAAGCGCGGUGGUGAAGAUGGUUCGAACGCACCCGAUGGGCCGACUGUCGCGGGGCCGGGUCAAAUGCCGGCGCCUGAUGGGAACGGGAGUGCUUUAUCUGCUGCUGCUGCUGCUGCUGUCCACCGGUCUCGGCCAGGAUACGGAAGACUGGCAAUAUGAGGAAUGUAAACUGUCCCGCUCGGGUCCUCCUGCUACCAUCGUGGCCAUAGAUGAAGAAAGCCCCAACGGAACGUUAUUGGUGGAAAACAUGCAGAUAAAUGGCGUGGCCGAGGGUCCGGGGCGUACCAUCUCUCUGUCGCUAAGGGAUAACUACGACUACUGGGUGAUCCUUGACCCUUCCAAACAAGCCCUUUACCUCAACAGCACCGGACGUGUUCUGGACAGAGAUCCACCCUCGUAUAUCCACUCCAUCGUGGUUCAGGUGCAGUGCACCAACGAGCUGGUCGGCACGGUUAUUUUACACGAAGUCCGCAUCGUGGUUCGAGACCGCAACGACAACGCGCCGUAUUUCCAACAGCCGCGAUACUACGUCGCCGUCAAUGAGCUGACGCCAGUGGGAACCACCAUCUUCUCCGGUUUCUCGGGGAACAACGGGGCAAGAGACAUAGACGACGGUCCCAAUGGACAGAUCGAGUACACCAUCCGGUACAACCCCAAGGACCCGACAACCAACAGAACGUUUGACAUCCCUCUGACACUAUUUGGCUCAGUCGUUCUCAAAGAAAGACUCAACUAUGAGGAGACAACACGCUAUCUGGUCAUCAUACAGGCCAAUGACCGAGCCCCCUAUCCCAGCGAGCGCCUUACGGCCACCACCACUCUAACCGUGGAUGUACUGGACGGAGAUGACUUGGGUCCCAUGUUCCUACCGUGCACACUCGUUGGGAAAACCCGGGACUGCAGUCCCAUCACAUACAGGGCCAAUGUACUGGAGCUAACCGAACCGAAUAAGGUGAAUCCUGUCAAUGUGACUCCGCCCAUUCAAGCUGUGGACCAAGACAGAAACCUACAACCCCCAUCCGACAGGCCUGGGAUUUUAUACUCCUUCCUCAUUGGAAAACCAGAGUCCUAUGCAGAAUACUUCAGCUUGAACGUUACCACGGCGGAGCUGCUGUUGCUGAAGCCCAUCGAUAGAGAACUCUACCGCAGAUUCGAUCUGGUUAUCAAGGCAGAGCAGGACAACGGCCACCCCUUGCCAGCGUUUGCCAACCUCCAGAUUGAAGUUCUGGAUGAAAACAACCAGGCACCCUACUUCCUGGAGGCUAGUUACCAUGGCUACAUCAGCGAAGCAUCACCGGUGGGGACCACCGUAGCGACCGCUGCCAGCCUUUCUGCCCCGCUGGCCAUCGUUGCUCUGGAUAACGAUGUGGAGGAGACCAGGGACCCUCAACUCCAGUUCUCAUUGGGCAGCUACGCUAAUGUUUUCUCCGUGUCGGCCCCCGGAAUCCGACGAUAUCUCACCCUGGUGCAGCCGCUGGACAGAGAGACGCAGGACUCCUUCACAUUCACGCUCGUAGCAUCAGAUGGAGUCCAGCAGAGCGUUCCGGUCACCGUGUCGAUAACGGUGAUGGACGCUAACGACAACACUCCCACUUUUGCUAACGUCUCUUACAACGUCAACCUCUUCACUGACAUGAUGCCUGGAAAAACUGUGUUACAGUUGGCAGCAAUCGACUCCGAUGCAGGUCUCAACGGUCAGGUCUCCUACCGGAUCUUAGCUGGUGACCAGGGACAUUUCCUUAUUGGCAAUAGCACGGGGGUCAUUACUGUGGCGCCCGGCGUGGCGCUCGCUGUUGGCCGGAGCUACGCUCUGACCGUGGAAGGGAUGGACAACGGGCCUGUGCCCCAGAGAAGAUCCUCCAUCACUACGGUCUAUAUCGAAGUGUUGCCCCCAAACAACCAGAGCCCCCCACGUUUCCCCCGACAACAAUACAAUCUGGAGAUCAGCGAAGCCAUGAGGACCGGAGCUACGCUGCUUAAUCUGCAGGCAGUGGAUCGGGAGAGUGAUGACAUCACAUACAAAAUCCUCAGAGGAGACACCUUCGGACAUUUUUCUCUGCAGCAGGAUUCAGGGUAUUUGGUGCUGGACAAGUCUCUGGACAGGGAGUCGGUGGAUUAUUAUUCACUGGUGGUCACGGCCUCCGACGGACACCCGGACGGGACCUCCACUGUGACGGUGAGCGUUGUGGUGACCGACGUCAACGACAACGACCCGCUGUUCGACCCGUCGCUGCCAGUGAACCUCACCGUCAUGGAGGAGCGGAACCACGCCUACGUCGGACAGGUCCAGGCGACGGACCCGGAUCUCGGGGCGAGCGGUCAAGUGCAUUAUCGGCUCGUCAACCACCCGACGCUGUUUAGCAUCAACGCCACGGGAGCCAUCGCGACGACGGCGCCGCUGGACAGAGAGGUGAAAGGUCACUACUAUCUGAUCGUGGAGGCCUGGGACGGUGGAGUGGACCCUCGGCGAUCCAGGUUGACGCUGUCCGUCGGCGUUCUGGAUGUGGACGAUAACAGCCCGGUGUUCACCCAGCAGGCGUACAACGUCACCUUACCCGAGAACAGCCCCAAGGAUACAGUCAUACUGCAGUUAAAGGCGAUGGACGCCGACCUCGGCGCCAACCUCACGUAUCAAAUCCGAACGCGGGGCUCGGACCAGGGCAUCGUUGGGCUGUUUGCCGUCGACCCGGCGACGGGAGCGCUGUCGGUCCUCAGAGUUCUGGACUACGAGGCUCUGGGCGAGUCCGAGCGCACGUACGCGUUCACGGUGGAGGCCACGGACGCCGGGGGAAGCAUGCCUCCUGGACUCGCCUCUGUUACGGUCACAAUCACGGACAUGAAUGACUUUUCUCCGGCAUUCAGCCAGUCGGUGUACCGAGGCCUGGUCGCCCCGAAUGCUUUCAAGGGAACCAUCGUAACCACGGUGACGGCCAAUGACUCUGACCCUGCGGGAACCCCAGCGGGUCUGGUGCGCUACAAAGUCCGCCAGGAGGCCUUUCCCUACUCGGCCAGUAUAUUCGACGUGGAGGAAAAGACUGGAAACGUUGUAACCAGAGUCAACCUCAACGAAGAGCCCAACCUCAAGUUCAGGCUGGUGGUGGUGGCCUACGACAAUGGUGAGCCAGUAAAGGAAAACGCUACUCUGGUAGAGAUCACGGUGCUUCAGCCCUCUGUCAUCCCCGUGUUCACUCAGGAAGAAUACAGGUUCCCGCGAGUGAGCGAGGAGGCUGCUGUGGGAACCCCGGUGGGGACCAUCACGGCGGCGGCUGUCAAUCAAACUAUCGUCUACUCCAUCAUCGAAGGCAACCAGGGAGGCGUGUUUGCAUUAAAUAAAACGACAGGAGUGAUUUCCACGGCCAAGCCCCUGGACUACGAGGCCAACUCCUCCCACGUCCUGAGGGUGGAGGCGGACUCCAUGAGGGUGGUGUCCUCCAACCUCCGGGUUCCCUCCAAGACCAACACUGCUAAGGUGGUAAUUGACGUCCAGGAUGAGAACGACCACCCGCCGGUUUUCAGCAGACCUCUUUACAUCGGAGGAGUCACAGAGGACGCGAAAACCUUCACUUCCAUCUUGAAAAUACAGGCCCUGGACGAAGACACGGGUAACUACAGUUCCAUGAUGUACCGGCUAAUCAUCUCCCCUCCCGCCGGUAAAGACACCAAAGAUGGUAAAGAUGGAUUCAUCAUCGAACCUUUCAGCGGCGUGGUGAAGACGGCGAUCAUGUACCGCAACAUGAGGCGGUCGUAUUUUAAGUUUGAGGUGGUUGCCACGGACAACUAUGGUCAAGGACACAGCAGCAAGGCGGAGAUAGUGGUUUCAGUCGUGAACCAGCUGGACAUGCAGGUGGUCGUAUCAAAUGUCCCUCCUACUUACGUGGAGAAAAACAAAGACAAGCUCCUGAGCAUUUUGGAGCGCUACGUCCAGGAGCAGAUUCCGGGAGCCAAGGUUGUCGUGGAAACCAUCGGGCCCCAUCGCCUUGCCGAUGGAACGGAGCAGGAGGACUACACCAAGUCGGACCUCAUGAUUUAUGCCAUCGACCCCCUGACAAAUAGGGCUGUUUCCAGACAGGAGCUCUACAAGUUUCUCGACGGUAAACUCCUGGACAUCAACAAGGAGUUCCAGCCCUUCCUUCCUCCUGGAGGACGGAUCCUGGAGAUCCGAACCCCCGAGGUGGUGACCAGUGUGAAGAAGGCCGCGCAGACUGUCGGCUACACGGAGGGGGCGCUGUUGGCGCUGGCCGUUAUCAUCAUUAUCUGCUGUGUCCCCGCCAUACUGGUUGUCAUUAUCACCUACAAACAAUUCAAAGAGCGCCAGGCCGAGUGUGCCAAAACGGCCCGUAUCCAAAUGGCACUGCCAACGGGCAAACCCGGGGGGGGGACCGCCAACAACCUGUACGAAGAGCUGGGUGACAACGCCAUCUCCGUGACACAACGUUGUCUUUUGGACGAAAGCGACCGCCAACGUCUGCUCUCGGACUUCGCCACGCGGGCCAUCGCUGCCCAUCGUCAGUGCAUUGCUAACGGGGGCGUUCUCAAUAACCGGCCGAAGUCUGAAUCCAACAUAACGUUUCUUUCGGACGAAAACCCCCUGACCAUCAAAAAUCCCAUCUACCACGAGGACGGGACUUUGAGUAGCCCGGCAACUCUCGGGAGGAGCCAGAGGAGGAGGGACCUUCUGGGCAAUUUCUCCCCUUGCAGGAAGGGCAUUCGAGAGGCCUGGCUCAGGCUCAGCUCGCCCGGGGGAGACGGGGGCUUCGGGGGGUACAGUGGCAGCGACAGCGGAUGGGGAUCUGGAGGUGGACACAGCUGGACCCUCCCGUCGAGGCUGCAUCGGAGAGACAUGUAUGCCACGCUGAGACGGCAGGUGGUCAUGGAUCCCGUCCAGUGGGAGCUGGAGCUUCUAAAGGCCGAAUUUAGGGAAAGCAAAGAUGGCGGCCUGGAUUCGGGAUUUGACCGGGGGUUGGAUUCAGACUUGAUGGGGAGCCCAAGUCUGGAACCCAAGCUGACGGUCAAAGAACAAGCCAGACAAUUUGAGCAACAGGCGCUGCAGGAAAUGCGGCAGAGGCAAAGCGUGGGGUCUCUGUCGCCUGAUAUCGUGCUCUCUAUCUACCCGGAGUCUCCUCAGCACCACAAGCAAACCCCCACCCACAGUGCUCCGACCGCGCCGGUCAAAGAGGGUCCUCCGAGCAUCAUCGUCACCCAAAGCGACGGCGGCACCCCCCCGCCGAGUCACAAGCCGACUCCUCCGGUGCUGCGGCGCUUCGGGGCCAAUUUAACCAUGAAUCAGGGUACGGAAGAAAGACUUCAGGUCCAUUUCGACUUCAUCCCUGAUCCCCCAUCGACCCCCCCGCCGCCGCCUCCGUCCCCGCCGCCGCCUCCUCCUCCUCCGCCCACAUCUGCCACGCUAUCCCCAUCAUCUCCUCCUCCGCGCCACCCUUCCUCCCCGCCGCCUCUACCUCCCGCUUUGUCUCACUCCACCCAUGCAGGAAAGGAGGCUCCUCCUCCUCCUCCUCCACUUCCUCCCCCUCCUCCGCCGCCCCCUCUGCCUCCACCUUUGUCGCCCUCCCUCCUGCGCCCGUCCACCUUCGUCCUGCCGUCUCUCUCCGAGGUACCGGCCCUGCGGCCCGUGUCCCUCCGGGCGCCGCCGCCGCCGCCCCUCCCCGCGGAGCCCGACGCUCCCCGAAAAGAGCUGAGAGGGAUCCUAAAGAACCUCCAAAACAUUGCGGACAUCGAGAAGUCGGUGGCCAACAUGUUCAGCCAGAUCGACCGCAAACAGAUCCCCCUCAAAGCGGUCAUGAAGAGCCGCGGCUCCAUAGAUUCUCUCGACUCCUUGGAUGCAUCGGUGGUAGCGGCAGAGGAAGGAGGAGGAGGAGGAGGAGGAGGAGAAGAGGGAGGUAGGGAAGGAGCUGGAGGAGAAAGGGCGGAUCCUCCGCCUCCCCCUCCUCCUCCACAGAUUCAACCCAACCCGAACAUGACCUCCAUCGUGGAGGAGCUUGAGAAACGCUUCCCCUCUCAGUCUACGAUGCUCUAGCCUUUGCCUUGAUAUGAUAUGGAAA